AUGAGUCUACUGCUACAGGCAAAUCAUAAAGAAUGCCGUGAAGAAAAUAUGACAGUACGUGAAGAAAUGAAAAAAUUAACAGGUAUAUUUUUUAAUCAUCGACAAGUUAGUGUACAGAAGGCUAUAUAUCGUGCUACUAACAUACCACUUACAUAUUCAAGUCGAGGUUUUGUUUUUGUACCAGCACAUUCAAACAGUUAUAAAUUUUUAAAACCACAAAAUGUUUUGCAAGAAAUGGACCCAAAUGAUGAAAAUAUAUACAUGUCUCAUUUGGCUGAUAAAUAUUUUGAUAGACCAAAAGAGCCUGAAUUUGAUAUUUGUAUGGCGGACUUUGCGUCUGAGUACGACAUCGUAUCCGUUAAAAAAAGUAUAAGAAAUCCAAGAACACCAAUUAUACGAUUACAAACACUCAAUUUUGCAGUUAAGAAGCGUUGUAAUCGAAAUGCUAUUAUACAGUAUCCAUAUUUUAAUCGAGAAACAGAUAGAGAAAAUUAUUCUGAAAAUCUACUUUCUCUAUAUUUACCUAUAAGAAGUGAAGUUUUUGUUACUCGACAGCAAUGCGUAAGAAAAGUAAAAGAUAUUGUGCAUGAAAAUCAAAGAAAAUAUGAAGCUCAUGUCAAAGAAACAGGAGAAACAGAAUCAUUAUUCAAUGAGUUAUCAUUGAAUAUGAAAGACAACGAAUGGGCUGAAAUUGUUGCUAAUAAAGAAAAAAAUAAUAUAUGGUCAAGAGAAGUCGAAGAAGAAGAUAAUCCCAAUCUCAAUGUAAUUCAUAAAAGUAAAAAGAAAAAUACGUUUAUUGAUUUAAAACAAACUUAUUUUACCACAGAUGAAACGAGACCAUUGCUAGAAUCCAUGAACAAGGAACAACAAGAAAUAUUUUAUCAUGUUCGAGAAUGGUGUAUAAAUCGUUUACAUAAUCCUGAUGCUGAACACCUUCGUUUAUUUACUACAGGAGGAACAGGUACAGGUAAAAGCCAUCUUCUAAAAUGUCUUCAUUACGGGUAA